AGCUCACCCUUCGCCUCAUCAAAGACAAAAAGCGAGCCGUAGGUGUUCAAAUGAAUGACAUCGUUGAUGGCGCUCCCUCAGCGAUGACGACCGCCAAAGACGAGGCGGACGCACUUACCCUGACCCUCGCCGUCUUCUACGACCCGAAUAUCUUUCACUACGUGAGCAGUGGGUGGGACCUGGACGAGCUCCUCUCGCAGCGCAUCUGCACCUUGACGAGCACCCUCAUCCAGGCCUCGAUAUCGCUGCGCCCCGCCGGUGCGGAGAACAGCGCCGCUGCGUACGUUAUGCGUGCCUCCCAGCUGCGGCGCGAGGCUCUCCGCGCCCUUUUCCUCGACGGGGGAUUUGGGCGUGAUGAAGCGGACGAAAGCGAUUACGGUGAAGGCGCUCACGAUGAAGGCGGCGUGACGGUGGACAGCUCACUGGCAGCCGCGCUGGAUCGCUGGAUGCCUCUCACGCACCUCCACGUACACGGUGGGCAGAGGCCCAAUGCAGCGAAGCGUGACGGCAAUCGCGGUGCGGCUCCGUCGGUGCUGGUCAUCGACGAUGAAGCGACCGACGACGAAAUGGAUUUGCGGCGACUCCUCUCCCCUGCACAGCCACCGCAAACCAACGGCAGCACCAGUACGACUUCUCCACCUCCACGUCGCAGGCGCACGGCCACGCGAACGCAGCUGCCUCUUCUCGUCCCUGCAGGGCCGCACCCGUCCGUUACGUUGGUGCUCAGCCUCGUGAAGGACUCGCGCACGUGGCGAAAAAUGCGUCAUGACGCGCGGUGCGCCUCUCCGUUAAGGCCAGAUGGUGCGCACGCACGGGCACUCGGAGCGAAUCCUCCGGCAACGGACGUAGAUCGCGGUACUGAAACGGAGGCACCGCAGCAACAGCCACUGUCGUACAGUUCGGCAGAUGUACCGUCGGAACUGUUUGUGAGUGCCGAUGAUGCCCUGUUUUCGCAGUGGCUGGAGUCCACGCGUGCGGUGCGGCGACGGUGGCGCCGACAGUGGCAGCAGCAGCACUGCUCCGAAGAGGCCACGGUAGCCGCAAUACCAUCAGCUCCACUAAGCGAUAGGUACGGCGCGGAAAGGGCUGGAAAUGUCUGUGCUGUUCUUCUAUUGAAUUCAUCCCGCAAGACCGCGCCCGGCCGCAGCAGCAGCAGCAGCACUUCAAGUUCAGAAGAUGACGAUGGGGCACCGCAUUCCGAUGAGCCGGCGAAAAGAGGUCAGAACGAUUGUGGUGGGGCUCGUGCGCCAGGCGAUGCAGAUGCGCGGCGUGCAGCGAUCCUGUCUGCUAUCGAGCGUCGGCAGCGAAAGUGA